GAACCACACGUGUCAAAUGUUUCGUGUUUAGAUUUUUGAGCAAUACGAUACGAAGUGUCAGCAAGUCGGUCAGCUGGACGCUGCAGUCCGUCUCAAAGAACGCCGAAAACAUGUUUUGGAGCGUAGUUUUGCUUAUAUCAUGUGUCAAACUUCUACUGAUUCCGGCCUACCGAUCAACAGAUUUUGAGGUGCAUCGCAAUUGGUUAGCUGUAACUCAUAGUUUACCAAUCAAGAAAUGGUAUACAGAAGAAACUUCAGAAUGGACAUUAGACUACCCUCCCCUGUUUGCUUGGUUUGAGUACUUUUUGUCAUUAAUAGCUCAGUUCUUUGAUCCAAAAAUGCUCAUUGUUACGAAUCUUAAUUACGCUUCACCUGAAACAGUACUGUUUCAAAGGCUCUCAGUAAUCUUUGCUGAUUUGAUGUUUGCAUAUGGCACUAAAGAGUGUUGUAAAUAUGUGGCCAAUAGCGGCCUGCGUAAAAGUUCAAGGUGGAAUUGUCGAUGGAGCUCACCAUCGGCAAUGCUUCAGUUGCUAUUACUUGGAAAUGCAGGACUGCUGAUAGUCGAUCAUAUACAUUUUCAAUACAAUGGUUUUUUGUAUGGGAUUCAACUCCUUUCAAUUGCUAAGAUACUUCAGGGGUCUUAUGUUUCUGGAGCAUUUUGGUUUGCCAUUCUUCUGAAUCUGAAACACAUAUAUGCUUAUGUUGCACCAGCAUAUUUUGUUUACCUACUUCGGAAUUACUGUUUCCCUCAAGCCCCAUCAAAUGCAUCAUUAAAAGAUCUGCAUAGUCAUUUUUCAAUGAAAAGAUUCACAGAGCUUGCUUCUACUGUGCUUGGUGUUUUUAUUGUAUCAUUCGGACCUUUUCUGGUAAUGAAUGAGAUAGGAAAUGUACUUAAUCGUCUUUUCCCCUUUAAAAGGGGUCUAUCUCAUGCCUAUUGGGCACCAAAUUUUUGGGCUUUGUAUAAUACAGCAGAUAAAUUCGUCUCUUUGACAGCCCACCAAUACAAUUUACUCAAGAGAUCAACUGGUGCAUCGAUGACGGGCGGAUUGGUCCAGGAAUUUGAACACACUCUUCUGCCUUCUAUAUCACCACGAACUACUUUCUUGCUGACUUUGGUUUCAAUAACUCCCGCACUGAUGAAAUUGUGGUUUAGUCCUGGUAACCCAUUGCAUUUUGUCAGAUGCCUUGUGCUGUGUGCCUGUGGUUCAUUUAUGUUCGGAUGGCAUGUCCAUGAGAAAGCUAUCCUCAUGAUAAUAAUUCCAUUAACGGUUUUGGCUGUUGUUUGGCGACGAGAGGCUCAAAUUUAUCUACUUUUGUCAACAGUUGGGCAUUACUCACUUUUUCCUCUUCUAUUUACUUCAUUUGAGCUGCCCAUCAAAGUUUUACUGCUCUUAACACAUGCAGUGUAUGCAUUUCUGAACUUGUCACAUUUGUUUGCUUUGGGUAAGCCUGCAUCUACAUGGACAUUACCACUUUUAAAUAGGGUAGAGUCUGUAUAUCUAGUCGGUCUCCUUCCUUUGUUUCUAUUUGAGCACGUCUUACAUCCAUAUCUUGGACUCAAUAAGAGACUACCUUUCUUACCUUUAAUGAUGACUUCAGGGUAUUGUGCUGUUGGUGUGUUGUAUUGCUUUCUUCAAUACUACUGGCAUUUCAUGCAAAUGUCAGGGUCAAAUCAUAAACGCAAAACACAUUAAAAUAGUUAGAUUUUAAGCAGGUGAUGUCUCUUGUUGUCCCUGUGACUGGAUCUCAGAAAGUGCUUUUUUACUAAAUCUUAAGCUUUGUUUUGUGCCAAAAAAAUGUUCUCUACCCUUGUACACUUUUCUUUUGACCUACCUUGCUUCUUGGUGAGGUGUGUAAAGACUUACAAUUAGGUGAAGAGAAGGAUGAACCUUUUGCUCCAUGUUGGAGCUUAUUUGUUUGUAUAUAUGUAUAUCUACAGAAAUGACACUUUCUGCUUAAACUGAAUACACUGAAUUUUUAUAUUUUUAAAAACCUUAAAGAUGUUUUCAAGUGUACCAACCAAGAAUUUGAUUGACAGGCAUUUCAACAGAUCAGUUAAUGUAUUUUUUUUCUGCAUUCUGACCUAUUCUCCAAUGUUUUCAAAUCAUAACUAUUGAAUUUUAUUUGUUUUGUAAGUAUUUUAGUGGAAGAUUUUAAGGUUGAUACUUUUCCAUCUCUUUAAUGUAACCAAACAUAUCAUGAAAACCUUUUGACAUAUGUCCUUUGCGUUGUCAUUCGUUUUAUUGACAUUUUAUGGUACAUGUUGUGGAGGAUAGUGGAAACAGCUUUUACAUCUUAUACCCCCUUGAAAUGAGUAUAUUUGAGGUCCUUUUUAUAAUUGCAAGAUUCUAAAUCUGUUUGAUUUUCUGUGUUAGUUAUAAUCAUAAGAUUUCUUUUGGAAAUAGAGAGGGGAGAGAGUUGUGAUAUUUAUCUAUUCAAUAAAGACUUCAAUGAAUUGUGUAAUUCAUCUUUAGCUUAGUCAAUUUUUUAAUCUAUAUUUCACGGACCAACUUCAUUUUGGACAUUGCUUUUUAGUUGAAGAGUGAAACAUCUCGCCAAAAUGAUAAAAUGCCAAAAAUGUUUGAUUCCCACUCUUUAUUUGUAAAGUGAUUUAGCAUUAAGAGUGCUGCUCUUCCAUUUCAUUGAAAUGGGUGUCCUCUCUAUAUAUUUGUGAGCUAUUUUGUUAAAUAGUAAUUGUUAUAAUAGUUAGGGGAUGUGAGACAGUUCUGUGAUGUAUCUGCGUGCUUUGAAGUGGAGUCAAUGUUUAGCUGUAGGUCUUAUAAAAUGUGGUGUAAUUUUUUAAUACAUAUUUGUGUUGUGGCAAAUUACCCAGCAAUAAAUUUCUUGUCUUCUGAA